AAUCUCUGUGCACUGCUGGAAAUUUCUCACUGCAGCCAUUAAUUAAAUUGUUAACUUUUAUUUCAGAGAAAUGGGCAUGCAUACAAACCACACCAUAACAAGAUGGGAUACAGCACUGCCGGGAUCAUGAAUUACUGUGCAGCUGAAUGAAGAAUUGGUAACGCUGGACCAGUGAAACCUCCAUCCUCUGUCCACUAACCAUGGCAAGUGCAGAGGAAAUGCACGGAUGGACAGUAAAAAUGAGCAUGCCGAGUGUCUUGGCCAUGGUUACGGUCUUUUCUAUGAUUCCUGGCGGGGUGCUGAGCGAUAUGAGAGGUACUCAGGGUCUGGAAGCCCAACAAUUGGCCCAAGGGUCCACUCAUCUGCACCGUCGCCUGAAGAGAGGCUGGAUCUGGAAACAGCUGUUUGUCCCCGAGGAAGAUCCCACUCCUCGCGUUAUUGGCCAGCUCAAAUCUGACUAUGACCGAGGAGAGUUUACCAUCAAGUACAUAUUAACAGGAGAAGGCGCCGGAGAUGUGUUUGAGAUAGAUGAGUACUCUGGUGAAAUCCGGGCGCUGAAGAAACUCGACCGAGAGGAAAAAGCCUUCUACGUCCUUCAAGCCCAGGCUAUCAACAGGAGGUCCAAUGAACCAGAGGAACCCCAGUCUGAGUUCAUCAUCAAGGUGCAGGACAUCAAUGACAAUGUCCCGCAGUUCCAGAACGAACCGUAUGUCUCCAGCAUCCCUGAGAUGUGUCCAACGGGGACCACAGUGGCCCAGGUGACAGCCACAGAUGCUGAUGAUCCCAUGUUCGGAAACAAUGCCAAGCUCAUCUACUCCAUCCUGCAGGGGGAGCCCUACUUCUCCGUGGAGCCGAAGACGGGGAUUAUUGUUACAUCAUGGCCAAACAUGGACCGUGAGGCCAGAGAGCAGUACCUGGUGGUGGUGCAGGUGAAGGAUAUGCUCGGCCUCAGCGGGGGCUACUCCUCCUCCACCACCGUCACCGUCAGCCUGACUGAUGUGAACGACAAUGGACCCACUUUCCAGCACCACCUCUACACCUUCGCCGUCCCUGAAAAUGCAGCUGUGGGCACCACAGUGGGCAGGAUUAUGGCCCUGGAUGGGGACAUUGGCAUCAAUGCCAGGAUGACCUACAGUUUGGAGGAUGACCUGGAGGAGAGCUCGACUUUUAUCAUCAAAACAGAUCCAGUGUCGCAGGAGGGAGUUGUUCUUCUAGCCAAGCCUUUGGACUUUGAAAGUAAAAGGCGUUUUGUCAUGGCCGCAGAGGCCGUCAACGACCACGUGGACACUCGCUUCCUGCCUCUGGAGGAGUUCAGGGACAGGACGACGCUCAAGAUCGUCGUGGAGGAUGUGGACGAGAAUCCUGUCUUCCUCUCGGCGGCCUACGAGUGGAAAGUUCCUGAAAAUGCAGCCGUGGGAACUGUGGUUGGCAGCGUUAGUGCCAGAGACACUGACACAGUCAACAAUCCCAUCAGAUAUUCAAUUGACAAAAGGAGCGAUAGCACAAAAGCUUUCAAAAUAGACCCAAACAAUGGAACUAUUACUGUCGCCAAAGCUUUGGACCGAGAGACUACAGACUGGCAUAAUGUGACUAUUGAAGCCAAGGAAACAACGCAGAACCAUUUAUCCUCCUCUGUGGUGGUGUUCAUCAAAGUGCUGGACAUAAACGACAAUGUGCCAAGGCUUGCAAGAGAUUACCAGCCAUAUAUCUGUGAGGGAACACAGGCGGGAGAACUCAUUCAGCUGCUCAGUGCUGUUGAUCCGGACGAGCCCGCUGAGGGCCACCACUUCUACUUCUCCAUGGUCCCUGAGAAGCACAUCAAUCCAAAUUUCACUAUCCGAGACAAUCAAGACAAUACAGCCGGCAUCGUUGCACGCAGGAGUACUUUUACCCGCAAGGAUCGAACCCAGUACCUCCUUCCUGUUGUGGUGAUGGACAGCGGCUCUCCAGCUCUCUCCAGUACCAGCACUUUGACCAUCAGCGUGUGCAGCUGCCAGCCUGCAGGUCACUGUCCCACAGGGGGGGUGGAGGCCCUCGCCCUGUCAAUGGGGGUCAGCCUGCAAACCUUGUUAGGGCUUCUGGUCUGCUUUGUCACAUUCACAGUGCUGUCAAUUCUAAUGCUGAUGGUGAGGAGGCACAGGCGGAAGCAGCAGGAGGGACUGGAGGUGGAGGUGAAGGAGCUGGAGCUGCCGGAGACGGUAUCGCAGAAGGUGCUGUAUUACGGAGAACGAGGGGGUGGUGGUGGAGCGGACCUGGACUUCUGCCAGCCUGCCGCCGUGCCUCUGCGCCGUCACCCCCGGAGGAGGGAGAGGAGGCUGCGGAGGGAGGACGUCAGGGCCAGCAUACGGAUGUCCCUCAGAGAAUCCCACCUCAUCGGGCCAGACGACGAGGUAUUCAGGCAGUUUAUUCUGGACAGGCUGGCGGAGGCGGAUGACGACCCUUACGUCCCCCCAUUCGACUGCCUAAGAACCUUUUCAUAUGAAGGGUCGGGAUCUCCCACCGGGUCCCUGAGCUCACUGGAGUCAUCUACUCUGGAGUCUGAACAGCCUGUUUGUAAUCCCAGACCCUACGUGGUUAGACUCACCCCUUGGCAUGGGGGAGGAGAGGAAGACACCUUCUGAGAGGCUCUUCUUCUUCUUCUUCUUCUUCUUCUUCUUCUUCUUCCAGUUUUGUG